UGUUGCUAUUUGACGUCCUGACUGAUUCCCGUAGAGGUCUCGUACAAUAUUUACAACCCCUGUAGACACCUAAUCUUCAAUAACAACAAAACUCUAAUAACAAAAAACAAAACUAUAAGAUGGCCGCUGAUAAAGGUGAAAUAUCAGCGAGAGAGACAAAAGAAGUUGUCUUGGGUUUUUUGGAGGACGCCGAGCCAUGGCAACUUCGGAGCCCGCAGUUCCCCAGUAAAGUUGGUGGGAGACCAGCAUGGCUGAGUCUGAGGGACCUGCCAUCCUUCCCCGAGGUGGAGUGUGAGAUAUGCCGUUUACCCAUGGCUUUCCUCCUCCAGGUGUAUGCGCCGAUCCCAGGUCAGGACAGAAGUUUCCACAGAACACUGUUUCUCUUUUGUUGUAAAACUCCUGACUGCUACACACGCAAUGACAACAAGUGUAUGAAAGUAUUCAGAAGCCAGCUCCCUAGGAGAAAUGAGUUUUACCCCUACGACCCUCCUCCAGAGGAAGAACCCCCUAAUGAUCCUGAAAUGGACCAAAGUGUGUUGCCCAUUUCUGGGGUGAAGCUGUGUUGGGUGUGUGGUUGCCCGGGAAGUAAAGCAUGUUCCCGCUGUCACGCUGUAACCUACUGUAGCAAGCAUCACCAGACCCUCCACUGGAAACUUGCACACAAGAGGGAAUGCUGCAGCCAAGAAGCUUGCAGUGUCACAACCUCUCCGUUCCUCUUCCCUGAGUAUGAACUAGUCACUGAGCCUGAAGAGAAGGAUGUAAAGGAUGAAGGGAAAACAAAACAAGACAAAAGAGAAGAGGCAAAUGCCGAAGGAAUCAUUGAUUGUCCUUCCUUAGCAGACACUUUGGCAGAGACAGACCUGGAGGAGAUGGCUCUACAUGAAACUGAGGACAACAAAAUUUUUCAGAGGUUUAAAAAGAGGAUUGCUGCAGAACCACACCAGGUGUUGCGCUACAGUCGUGGGGGCUCUCCCCUAUGGGUCUUGUCUCAGCAUAUCCCUUCUGAUCAGGAUGUCCCACCAUGCACUUGUGGUGCCAAGAGGAUCUUUGAAUUCCAAGUGAUGCCCCAGCUGUUAAACAGUCUGAAUGUGGACUCAACGGGUGCCAGCAUUGACUGGGGAACGCUAUCCGUCUACACAUGCUCUGUUAGCUGUGACUGUGAAAACUGCUAUUACCCAGAGUUCAUCUGGAAGCAAGACUUCAGCUCUGAGCAGCACAUGUAGAUCCAAUAUCAUAAGACACACUGCUUCCUGUAUGUAUCCUAACCAGGGCCUCCAACAGUCUCAUAUUAUGCCAUAAUGUAAUCAAUACCACAAGAGACAUUAAAGAAAAAUGGAUUACGGGGGACGCCCCAGUGGCUCACCUGGUAGAGCAUGUACCACAUAAGGCCUUAGCAGUCCUUAGCACAGCAGUCUGGGUUUGAAUCCGGCCCAGGCCCUUUGCUGCAUGUCAUCCCCUCUCUCCCCUGCCUUUCCUGUCUCUCUCUACUAUCACUAUCCAAUAAAGGCGGGGGAAAAAAAAGAAAAGAUAAAUGGUUUAUGAUUGAAGCCCUCACAUCAUGUUGUUUUGAUACUACCUAGCAAUGCUGUUCUCUCAAGUGAGUUGUCCAUAAACAAUUACUUCUUGCUAGAUAUCUUUGUACAUCUUGUACAUCUUUACUUGCCACAUCAUUUCUACAGCCAGUGCUUGCAAUCUCUCCAGCCAAACCAGGACCAACACCAAAAAAAUAAAUUGAAUUCAUUAACAAUUAAGGCCAUAUCCUUGAUAGUUUUAUUAUUUUUGGUUAGGAAGUAAUUUGGGUAUCCAGUUCUCCCGUUUAUUUUCAAUAUUAUUCAAUACUUCAUUGUAAUUUAAUUCAUUGAAACUUUAGUUAAUGGUCACACACACCCAAGGGUUUUUUUUUUAGGGAGUUGUUCCUUACUGAUGUGAGGGUCUAAAGACAGCAUGUUGUGUUACUGUGAAGCCCCUUGAGACAAAUUUGUAAUUUGUGAUAUCGGGCUAUACACGCAAAAUUGACUUGACUAGAUAUAAGUAUAGAGAUUAUGGAGUUCUUGGGACACCAGUAAACUUGACAGUCUGAAUUGGAACCAGCAGCUCAAGAUGUUAAAUUAUUUUUUCCUUUUUUUCUCAUGUUUUAAUUGUAUACAUUGAGGAUUCAUAAUAUGCAAGCCAAAUAAAA